CAUGGAACUAUACUUUAUCCAUUGCUUAGUGAAAACGACGUAUUUCCCCUUUUGUAGAUCAAAGCUCAAAUUCAGAGCUCUGUUAAUGGCGGAGGACCAUCGCCAUAGAUAACACAAUCCACCUCCAGCUCAAUUUCAUUAGCCCUAGCUCCUUCUGCCGGUGGACAUGGCUGCUUCCCUCGUUCUUCCCUCCUCUCCAUCUUCCUCUUACUCCUCCUUCCUCGGCCGCAGAGAUUUCUUCUCCCACCACUCUCGCUCCAGAACUUGCAUUCGUUAUACCUUCAAGUGUAGUUUGCCUGAAUCGAGUAGAUAUGGUAAUGGGAAACCAAUUGUUCCGAUUCUUAAUGAGCGUAGUUUGCCGGAGUUCUUGGAAUCGGCUAGAAUGGGGAGACCGGUUGACAGAAGCAGUAAUCGUUUGAAAUUGUUUUCUGGUACUGCGAAUCUUGCACUAUCUCAGGAAGUGUCUAGGUAUAUGGGCUUGGAACUUUCAAAGGUUAACAUUAAGCGAUUUGCUGAUGGAGAAAUUUAUGUCCAGUUGAAAGAGAGUGUGAGAGGAUGUGAUGUUUACAUAAUACAGCCCACUUGCCCUCCUGCAAAUGAGAAUCUCAUGGAGCUUUUUGUUAUGAUAGAUGCAUGUCGGAGAGCGUCAGCCAAAAACAUCACUGCAGUUAUCCCAUACUUUGGAUAUGCCAGAGCUGAUAGGAAGACUCAAGGUCGUGAAUCCAUUGCAGCCAAACUUGUUGCUAAUCUUAUAACAGAAGCAGGUGCCAAUCGUGUUCUUGCUUGUGACCUCCAUUCUGGACAGUCAAUGGGCUACUUUGAUAUACCAGUUGAUCACGUAUACUGUGAGCCUGUGAUUCUAGAUUAUCUUGCCAGCAAGACAAUUUGUUACAAUGAUCUGGUUGUAGUCUCUCCUGAUGUUGGUGGCGUUGCAAGAGCCCGUGCUUUUGCCAAAAAGCUAUCUGAUGCUCCUUUAGCAAUUGUGGACAAAAGACGCCAAGCACACAAUGUUGCUGAGGUGAUGAACCUUAUUGGUGACGUUAAAGGAAAAGUUGCCGUCAUGGUGGAUGACAUGAUUGACACUGCUGGGACUAUUUCAAAAGGUGCGGCUCUUUUGCAUCAAGAGGGCGCUAGGGAAGUUUAUGCUUGCUGCACCCAUGCUGUAUUUAGCCCCCCAGCGAUCGAGAGGUUAUCGAGCGGCUUGUUUCAAGAAGUGAUAGUUACGAACACGAUUCCAGCAAUCACAGAGAACUACUUCCCUCAAUUGACCGUUCUUUCAGUAGCGAAUCUAUUGGGUGAAACCAUUUGGCGAGUUCAUGACGAUUGCUCUGUGAGUAGCAUUUUUAAAUAAGACCAAAUUGAAGUGCCAUAUAAUACAGCCUUAUGAAACAAUACGUCAAGGAUUCCUGCCUUAUUUCAACAGCUUUUGUCUUGUUUUGUUUUGUUAGUUUAAUUUUUUUCCCCUCUCCUUUUAAACCAUCCAUUCUUAAUUAUUCCUCCUAGUUUUCUUUUAGAAUAAUUUCUUGUAGUAAUUCCUGUAAGGAGUUUUACUCUGACGUUAUAAAAUUUUGUAAUUUUACAUAUUUUAACAGUUUUAUAUCUUCACAGAAGUUGAUAUAUUUGAUAUUUUUUAACAUGAUAUGUGAAAA